CUCGCAGCCUCUGGUUACGCAGGCAGGCUGUUUUUGAAAGAAAACAAGAGCAGUUGUAGGCUGACUCUCCCAGGAACUACAGGCUCUUCUAUUCUAGGAAACAGCCAAAAGAACAAGAGGCUGCUAAAGACAAAACCUCUCUGCAGGAGCCUGCACUUGCCGACGUGUGCCGCCAGUGGUUAGUCUCUUUUCUAAGAGACUUCUGCACCUGUUGCUAUUCUGACAUGACUUUCAGCAGAAGAACUUGAAAUCUGUGAAGUUUGAACAAGCAGCUUUUCCCAAGAUGUAUCGAAUAUCUCAACUGAUGUCAACACCAGUAGCAAAUUCUUCUGGGUCUGAGAAAGAAGACACUGGGGAACUGUCUCCCACGUGCCUUUUCCCGAGUUUUGUCUGUGAUUCCCAGUGCGGUGACAGUUCCUUGGAGUGCAGCUCCAUAGAUCACCUGGCAGGCUCCCACUUCACCUGCCGCCGAAGCCCCAGACUCCUCACCAAUGGCUACUAUAUUUGGACAGAAGACAGUUUUCUUUGCGACAAAGAUGGCAACAUAACUCUGAGCCCAUCCCAGACCAGAGUUCUGUACAAGGAGAACUUAGUCAGAAUAUUCAGAAAGAAGAAGAGAGUCCGCCAUCCUUUCUCUUCUCUCUUCAGCCUCAGUGCCUCUGAAUCCUGGCUGCACGGCAGUAUCUUUCAGAAUGUUGGUUCUCCCCACAGUGAGGACAUCUGGUUGGAGGGGGUCCGGAGGCUGGACACCAGCCUGUGCAAUGAAAAUGGAGGUGACUUUGACAGUUCUCUGACUGAUGACUGGGAGUCAGAGAAGCCAAAUGCAGAGUCUGUGACAACUUCUUCCAGCCACCGCACAGCUCAGACUCCCAAGGAAAACCUCCACCAUCCGUCUCCUCCGUCCCAGCUGACGGCUUCCGAACAUUUCCAGGAAAACGUUUGGGAUCGUUCAAAAGCCAGUUUGUUACCAGAAAUCUCGUUUCAAGUGAUUCUGCUCAUUGCAUGCUUCAUCAUUUCUGCCUGCGCAAGAUGGUUUCUGGGAGGAAUAAUAGCCAGCGUCUUCACGUGCUCUUUGGUGAUAACUACCGCUUAUGUGGUCAAGUCAUCAUUUCUCAGCCUCGCCCACUAUUUCAAAGCUACUGCCUGGACUUGGUUUGCCAAAUUUUAACAACCAUUCAGGAGUGCCUCUGAUGAAUGUCUUCAAUCUGAAUGUCCAGAAAUUGAUACGUAGUCUGCUGGGAAUCAAUUGUUUUACUGGAAGGGAGUGAACAAGUGGGUAACUGAGAAAAAAAAAUAAUUUAGUUAUGUGUUUUUUUUAACCUCACUUUUUCCUUCACACGAAAAUAAUAAUAAUUUGACUUUCCUUUGCAAAAUGCUAGCCGUUGAAAAAGAAAGGCCUGGGAAAUGUGACAGAGGUGAACCACCUAGAUGAAUGUCCCCUGAUUAUACCUUAAGGCAGUGGUUCUCAAAUAUUAAUUUUCAUUAGCAAAUUCCAUAUGGAGUUUAAAAUAAUACAGAUUCCUGGGCCCGCCUGCCUGUACUUACCCCUUGCUGAACUGCUGUAAUGGAACAAACAAAGGGAAUUUACACAAUCAACACCAACUUGAAAGUAAAUAAAUGCGGUUUCUACAUACAAUAUAAUGUAAAAAAAGUUUGCUUUUCUUCCCCAGGCGUGGCUUAUAGGAGGUGAUGACAGUAGAUGAUGGUGAUGGAAAAUGGGCAGGAAAGAUCCACUUUUUAGAAAGUACAUUCUUCUUUUGAGCCUGGUUCUUCACCAAGCUUUCAGCCACUGUGGGACUUAUGAUUACCUUUCACUCAAGUUGCACUUCAAAUAAAGGUAUAACAGAGAAAAAAAUUCCUUAAGGACAAAAUAAAGGCAGAAUACCAUAGAGCUUUGGAAUGCAUAAAAAUGGUACGGUUGCCCUGAGAAGUAUAGAAGAUGCUUCCUCUCUGUUUCUCUUGCUUGGUAUAUGUUCUCAAAGCAAAUGUGGCCUGCAAUUGAAAUGUUUUCUCUGUGAUAUUCUCUGGCUAGGAGCUUGUGUAGAGAAAAUUGUCUUUGCUUAAAACAGUAAUGUCAAAAUAUCACCUUUCAUAUCAAUUAUAUUCAGUGCAUUUUUGGUUGAAAAAGUAUUAUACUAAUAAAUGAAUGGAGUCAUCAA